AUGAAGAUUUGCAGGUUGAGAUCUCUGCUUUCUCUUGCCAAAUGCAAUUCUCAAACCUUCCCACCAACAACAACACGCACUUUCUCUUCAACCAGUCAUCACUUGCAGAAUGUUGGAUUCAUUGGCCUUGGAAACAUGGGAUCACGAAUGGCGAAUAAUCUAAUCAAAGCUGGAUUCAAACUUACAGUUCAUGACAAAAACUCUGAUGUUCUUGAGAUGUUCUCUCAGAUGGGGGUUCCUACAAAGAAAACACCAUAUGAAGUUUCAGAAGCAAGUGAUGUUGUAAUUACAAUGUUACCUUCUUCGGCCCAUGUGAUUGAUGUUUAUACUGGACCAAAUGGUUUGCUUCAUGAUGGGAAACUCAUAAGGCCAUGGCUAUUGAUAGAUUCGUCCACGAUCGAUCCACAAACUUCAAGAAAUCUUUCUGAUACACUAUCUAACUAUAUUCUAAAAGACAAGAAAGGUGAUUGGGAAAUGCCUGUCAAGUUGGAUGCGCCUGUAUCUGGAAGUAUAAUUGCAGCAGAAGCUGGAACACUUACUUUCAUGGUUGGUGGCUCUGAGGAAGCACUUCUCGCUGCAAAAUCCUUAUUCCUUUCAAUGGGUAAAAGUACAAUAUAUUGUGGAGGAGCAGGGAGUGGUUCUGCCGCAAAAAUCUGUAACAAUUUGGCUUUGGCUGUGAGCAUGCUGGGAAUAUCAGAAGCCCUUGCUCUAGGCCAAUCUCUAGGUGUUCCUGCUAGCUCCUUGACAGAGAUAUUUAACUGCUCCAGUGCUCGCUGUUGGAGUAGUGAUACUUACAACCCGGUUCCCGGAGUGAUGGAAGGGGUGCCCUCUUCAAGGGAUUAUAAUGGAGGAUUUGCAUCUAAGCUUAUGGCCAAAGACUUGAACCUAGCCGUAGAGUCGGCUAAGCUUGCUGGAUGUAAAUAUCCAUUAACAUCUCAAGCUCAAGAGAUAUAUACAGAGCUCUGCAAUGGAGGCCAUGAUGCAAAAGACUUUUCAUGUGCAUUUCGUCAUUAUUACUCAGGAAUGGAUGAACCUCUUGACAAAUAA